UUAGAGCACCUGGGUUGUUCUUCCAGCUUCCUGCUACAGUGGACCAUGGGAGGCUGUGGUGAUGGAUUGCUGUCACCCACGUGGGAGACCCAGCUAUGGGUAACUGGGCAGGCAGUGAACAGUAAAUAGGAUCUUCUCUUUCUCAAAUAAAGUUUUGAAAAAGUUUAUUAUGCCGGUGCAAUAAAAGUUUGGAAUAUGCUCCUACGUUACAGAUUGGGAAACAAAAGCAGAGAAAAGAGAGGGACUGCAGGCUGACCUCCUAAGCCCUGGACCCUGUGUCCGUCCCCUGCUGCGUGUCCUGUCCUGCAUAGGGACCACUGCUGACCUCUGUAGACACAUCAGUCUGGGAGGGUUUGGGUGGGUCUGUGUGGCGGCACAGGGUGCUUAGUUCCGACAUGCAGCCUGGGGGUGGGUAUUUGUGCCACCCCCCCCCCCCCCACUCUGUCCAACUCAGGCUCAGAGACAAUGAGUUGGCUUCUCAAAGCUGCACAGCCCUGGUGGCGCCACACCCCCACAGGUGCUUGUAUUCCCCCCUCCCCCAACACACCCUGCAAUGGUUUCUCUCCUGGGCUCCGUCCUGGGUGGCCUGCUCCCCCUCUCUUUCCCCUCUACCUACCUGGCCUUCAUCCCUCUUCUCCACUCAUCACCAUCCUCCUCCCAGCCCCUGCCCUCCCCUCCCCCGCCAGGCGGCAACCGGAAGGCAGGGUCAUGUUAGGAAAUCCCAGCCACGUGAGCACUCCCAAGUCUUGGCUUCUGGGCAGCCGAUGGUUUUAGGAGAAACUGAAACUGGACCGGCGGGGGCGGAGUGGUCACCAGGGAUUUAAGGAACCGCAGCUUCCUUGCCCCCUCCCCCCACCAGGACACUGGGAGGUCACAGCUGCCAAGGACUCCCAGGGUUUGCAUGGGCUUCUGCUCUUCCCGCUGAAGCUAUGCACCUCUGUGGGGACAACAGUCAGCUGACGGGCACUAACCCCGAGGAGUUGCAGAGGCAGCUGAGGAAGAAACAGAAGAACCGGGCGGCCGCCCAGCGCAGCCGGCAGAAGCACACAGACAAGGCAGACACGCUGCACCAGCAUGAGUCCCUCGAAAGACACAACCAAGCCCUGCGGAAGGAGAUUCAGGCCCUGCAGGCGGAGCUGGCCUGGUGGAGUUGGACCCUGCACCUGCACACACACCUGUGCCCCACCGACUGCGCUUCCUGCCCGACUCCGGGGCCCCCUGGCUGCUGGAGCCACGCUGAGUGCCCCCCAGGCCUUGCACCCCAUGAACGUGACUGUCAAGAGCAGUCUGGCAUGUUCCAGAACCCAAUGUCCUCGUCUCCAACUCAGCAACUCUCUCCAGGCCCUCGGCUGCUUGAUUCUCCUGGCCUCUUCUCAUCCCCUCCCCCUGCCGGGUCCCUUGCCUCAGGUCCGGCUGUGAUGACUGCCCAACUGUCCCCCAGCCCUGUCCUGGAUGCCUUGCCUGCUGGUUCCAGCCUGACAGGGUCUUCUAAGCUCAAGGUCCUCCUGUCCGGCCCCGCAGCCCAACCCGGCCCUGCACAGCCCCUUGGGCUAGGGCACUCCUCUGGGGGGAAGUUGGGGUCCCCUACAUCCUACUCCCCAGGGCUCACCUGUUUGCAAGAGCUGGGCAUGGAUCCCGAUCCCCACCCUCUCCUGGCCUUCCCACUGCUCUCCUCAGCUCAAGUCCACUUCUAACCCACUGCUGACAGUCGCUUUAGCAUGCUGGCAUCUCCCUCAUGGCCACCAGAGGCUGCCCUUCUGACUGACGGCUGGGCCAGGAUUUUCCAGAGCCAAAAAAUAUAUCG